GGAGCAGAAAUGAUGGGUGAUAUGUCUGUAUUAGGGUCAGUAAUCCUGGCUUUAUUCCUGGCUGGGUAUUUGGGACAGCAGUACCUGCCUCCCCCUAAACCCAGAGUCAUUGGUCUGGAUCUUGGGACAACCUUUUGCUCGGUGGGAGUCUUCCAACCAGGGACAGGAGACGUGGAGGUGAUCGGAGAUGAGAAGGGUAGAAAGAGUAUACCCAGUGUGGUGUCCUUUAUCCCAGAAGGCAUAUACGUCGGACAUGAAGGCCAGGAGUUGGCUGAUAUCAAUCCUCAGAACACCAUUUAUGAUGCGAAAAGAUUCAUAGGGAAGAUUUUUGAUCAGAAGACUUUAGACCAAGAGAGUGCAAGAUACCCAUUCAAGGUAAAACUGAACAAUGGCAGUGCAGAGUUCUUGGUCACUACAAACACCACAUUCACUGUGAGCCCUGAGUUCAUCGGCUCUCGGCUGCUGUUGAAGAUGAAGAAAAUGGCAGAGCAGCAUCUGGGAGUUCCCAUAAAUAAAGCAGUUAUAUCAGUGCCAGCAGAGUUUGAUGAGAACCAGAGAAACUACACCAUCAGAGCUGCUGGUUUAGCAGGACUGGACAUUUUAAGGGUUAUUAAUGAACCCACAGCAGCAGCGAUGGCCUAUGGACUCCAUAAAGUGGACGUGUUUAAUGUGUUGGUGGUGGAUCUGGGAGGAGGAACACUGGAUGUGUCUUUACUUAACAAGCAGGGUGGAAUGUUUCUUACCAGAGCAAUGGCAGGAAAUAACAAGCUGGGAGGACAGGACUUUAGUCAGCGACUUUUCCAGUACGUCAAUGAGCAAGUGAGGCAACAGUAUGGAGUCGCCCCUACGUUAAAGGAAGACAUCCAGCGCCUACGUCAAGCUGUCGAAGUGGCCAAACUCGGCCUGACCGCAAAGACCAAAGUGUCCCUAAAAGUCCCCCUUCAUUUACAGACUACAGGAGCUGAAGGGGUGCAGGGGGAGCACAUCACCUACCAGCAGGAGCUCCACCGUGACCUCUUUGAGGAGCUUAAUGCUGAUCUGUUCCAGAAGAUCCUGGCUCCUAUUGAGACAGUUCUGGAAGAAGGACGCCUCAGCAAGGACGAGGUGGACGAGGUUGUUCUGGUGGGCGGGUCCACCAGGAUUCCUCGUGUUCGACAGCUUAUUAGUAAGUACUUUGGGAAGGAGGUAAACACGAAGGUGGACCCGGACUUGGCUGUAGUGACGGGCGUGGCACUGCAGGCAGGCAUUAUGGGAGGAUCGUGGCCACUGCAGGUCAGCGCCAUAGAAAUUCCCAACCGAGAACUGCGCAAAACGAACUUCAGCUGAGUGAGAUGUUAAUGUCGUACUGUUUGUGUUCGUCAGACAUUCGGUGCCAAACGUGAAGCUGAAAAUUGGCUGAGAAAUGAUUCCAUGUCAGUUUCGCGCUUCAGUUAGUUUUGCAAUAAAUGCUUACAGUUUUGAGGAGUCACAAACACAACCCCCAGUUACAACUAGUAGUUGUAAAUCAUUGGGAUGCAUUAGAACACUUGAAACUGUAAAUGAGUUAUCCUAAAUUUGACAUUUUUAAUGGUUUGACAACAGUUGCACAUUA